AAUAGUUUGGUCGGAAAUACUCUGAACAAGUUAAACAAGAGCACCGCUGUGAUUGAAUACGAGCAAAAAAAUAUAUUUUUAUGAAUUUUAUUGGGAAAUCUAUUGGAAAAGGAUAUCAGCAUAAUCUUGAAAAUUGAAACAAUUCAAGAAUCAAACGACUGUUAAUUACCAAUUAAAUUUUUUUUUGAUAUGACCUCAAUUUCAGUCGCUACGCAGCGAAAAGCCAACUUUUCAUCAUUGACCGUCAAAUGUAUUGAUAUUUACGUCUAGCGCCUAGUUCAAAAUACAAAUCGUGCACGAAAAGAAAAAAAACAAACCAGACUGUUGUAUUCUGGACUUUCGAAACGUUCGAAAGUACACAUGCUGGUUGACAUAUAGCCCGUUGUAUUUUGUGUAAUGCGUGAAGUAAUAUUUUCCAUGAAAUACUUUUUCAAUACAUAUUAUUAGGCCUGUGUUAUCACAUGACCGGCAUACGUGCAGUGUCUCGGCUCAGUACGGACGAGCAUUCACCGAUCAAAUGUCAUUUUGUUAAUCAAAUGUCGUCUUAUCACCUCCAGACAUAAACAGUCUACGCUUUCUGUAAUAUAAAACAAUCAUCUAUUUAAUUUAACACAGUCAUUGUGAAUUUAGUGCUGGCGCUAACAAGUUGUACUCGUUCGCUGAUUUUCAAACUCACACAGUUGCUGUUGAAAAACUAAUAAACUUAAGACGAAGAUGGAGACUCUGAACACGAUAUAUCCAAAGGAAAAUGAAGAGAAAUUGGCAGAUAAUGUUCAGGAAGUCUUGGACAGUGCAUUACAAGGAGUAAUUUAUGUGAGAAUUGGCACACAUCUUCCGAUUGAAACGCAAGACAAAUUGAUCGAAACAUUCCGAGACAUGAAUCAAAAAUGCAUAUGGGACGGCAUUUUACCAUCCGAUUCUAAUUUCAUUAUUUGUAACAAUUCACCCAGCCGACUAAUUUUAUCCCACAAGAAUACCAGCUUGUUAAUAACUGAGGAUGAUACGGUAGCAAUAAAGCAAGCACUUCACUAUGGUAUUCCAAUGCUAAUAAUACCGUUUCAAAAUAACGAGCUUCAUUCCAUCGUUAAGUAUACAGCUUUGGAGAGCAUCUUCACGAUACGAGCAGAUGAAAUAAAUCAAAAGACGCUAAAGCAAAAACUCACCAACAUCCUGAACAAUAAGAAUCUCAAGUCACAUGCAAAAGAAAUUGCUGGUCUCCUUCACCAUAAUUCAAUGAAUUUGUCAAAGGAUUUGGCAUUGGCCAAGGAAGGUGUAAGACACUACACACAAACAUCACGCCAGCUGUCUCCAACUUACCUACAUCUAGAUGCUUUAGGUGCAUUAUUUUUUGUGAUUUUUGUUAUAGUUAAGUUGUCUUUGAAAUUUUGUCGGAUUUACAAUAAUUUUGAAUGGAAGACAAAUGCUUCACCGAAGAAAACUAAAUAAGAUGAGCCAUAUUGCUCGCUAAAAUGUUGUAUGUUAGAUGAAACAAAAAUGAUACUCUUUGAUAUUUAUUCGAUUUAGUUCAUAACUUAUAUGUAUAUACUUUUUUAUAUUAAAGAAUACCUGGGAAAAA